AGUCUAGUACAACCGAGUCGCUCAGUCGGCUUUAGCCUCUCUCGCCAAUCGGUGUGUUUUCAAAUACGGCCUUGUUUCUGAUAUAAACAUCCGUUUGUUUUAUUGACUGUAACACGACAACGUUGACUUUCGCGCGUUAUGGUGGCAGCCUAUCAGCGCUGAUGUCGGCUUUGGCUCAUUUGCAUAUUUGGAUUAGCAGGGCGAACCGCUUCUUUCAAAGCAGCUGACUCCAACAACUACCAAACCACAGUGAGAUGGGGAAAUCGGACAAAAGGUAUGGACUGGUAAAGAGACACCUUCCUAUACUAAGAUGGCUGCCAGAAUACAAUUUGGAAAAGGGUAUUGCCGAUGCCAUAUCAGGCGUGACGGUUGGGCUGACUGUUAUGCCACAAGCUCUGGCUUAUGCUACAUUGGCUGGUCUUGAUCCACAGUAUGGACUGUACAGCUCGUUCAUGGGCUGUAUAAUCUACAUGGUUCUGGGCAGCUGCAAGGACAUCACGAUUGGCCCCACCGCUCUGAUGUCGCUCAUGACCUACCAGCAAGUCAUCGGCAAAAACCCUGACUUUGCAAUUCUCCUCUGUCUGCUCACUGGCUGUGUUCAAGUUCUUAUGGGCAUCUUACAUUUAGGCGUACUUAUAGACUUUAUAUCCAUUCCUGUGACGGUGGGAUUUACUUCUGCAACUUCUGUGAUAAUAGCAGUAUCUCAAUUGAAAGGACUUCUAGGCCUAUCCUUUUCGUCGUCUGGCUUUUUGGAUACCCUGAAGAAGGUCUACUUGAAUAUUCAUAAGACUCGCUUCUGGGACACCACUCUCGGUCUAUCCUGCAUCCUGAUUCUGCUACUUAUGAGGAAAAUGAAGGAUUUAAAAUUUAAUGCAGCUUCAGCAUCCCAACAAGCAACUGUGAGCAGAAUACUGUGGCUGCUGUCUAUAUCAAGGAAUGCUCUCGUAGUGGUUGUUUGUUCAGCUGUUUCCUAUCACUUCCAUUCGUUAGGAAGUGUGCCUUUCAUUCUAACAGGACCUGUAAGGCCAGGAUUACCUCCCUUCCAGCUGCCCCCAUUCACCACCGAAUACAACAACCGAACGCUGUCAUUUGUUGAAAUGUGCUCAGAGCUCGGCUCGUCUAUAGUGCUCGUUCCAGUGAUUGCUGUACUCGGGAAUGUAGCAAUUGCUAAAGCGUUUGGUGAGUUCUUCGGUUUACUUAUAAUUUUGGCACUGUGGCAACUGACUCCUUACUUCUAUUUCAUUCCUAAAGCAUCUCUGGCUGCAGUCAUCAUAUGCGCUGUCAUUUUCAUGAUUGAGUAUGAAGUGGUGAAACCCAUGUGGCGUUCUAGUAGAAAAGACCUGAUUCCGACUAUUGCCACGUUCAUACUAUGCCUGAGCGUUGGUGUGGAAAUCGGAAUCCUGAUAGGCGUUGGAGUGAACAUAGUGCUUCUCAUUUAUCCUUCGGCUCGGCCCAGCCUCAACGUUGAGAAGACUUUGACAAGCCACGGGCAAGAAUACCUCCUGGUAACCCCCGACAACAGCCUCUACUUUCCGGCAGUUGACUUCAUGCGAAGCAAAGUUGGCAAGGUGGGUGUGAAAAUGGGAUCCAGCCAUCUGCCGGUGGUCAUCGACUGUCGAUACAUUCUGGGAGCUGACUUCACUGCUGCUAAGGGGAUUGCUGCUCUCAUCAAAGACUUCAACCAACGUAAACAACCAAUCUACUUCUACAACCCUAAGCCAUCCGUCCUAGCAGUUCUCAAAGGAGUAUGUCUCGACUAUUUCAUACAUUUACAAACUAAGGAGGAAUUAUAUAGGGUACUUGAAGAGCACAAACUUCAGAAGGAUAAGUUGCAAGACGAAUCGAGAGCAGUGUCGCUGGAUUUGGAGAUGAAGAGCGACUGCCAGAGAAGACGCCAUCACCAAUCAGCUGAUCACGAUGAUCCGAUCUGCAGCGAUCCGCUGCUAGAACCUCUAGCCAAGAUGGCCCCCAUCAUCCGGCCAUCACAACUCUGAUGUGUGCCUCUUCAACUCACUGCACAAGGAAUAAUAAUGGCAUCCUUAAUAUAAGAAACAGGUGUCAAGACAUUUGCUACUAAUCGUUAAGUAGACGUUUUUUGACUUAUCAUUGGUUCCUUUCCAAUGCACAAUGGAAUGAAUAUUAUUCAGAAUAGUGUGUUAAUAUUAGGCUAGGCAACUCACAAUAUCAGUCAUUGAAAUUAGACAUGUCUUCAUAAGCAACUAUGUGAAGUAUUGUGACUGAACGUGUCUGAUCAUGUCUUAUCUUGUCAGAAAGCAGGGGUCAGGACAUUUGCUACUAAUCGUUGAGUAGACGUCUUUUGACUUAUCAUUGGUUACUUUCCAAUGUGCAAUGGAAUGAAUAUUAUUCAGAAUGGUGUGUUAAUAUUAGGCUAGGCAACUCACACUGAUUAUUCAUUGCAAUUAGACAUGUCUUCAUAAGCAACUAUGUGAAGAAUUGUGACUAAACGUGUCUGAUCAUGUAUUGUCUUGACUAACUGGUGAGUGCCUAGCCUGACAGUAUUAAGGCUGUUCAGUACACUUUUUUCAUGAUUUAAAUUGCAUAAUCUUUUUAAAUAUAUUUGUUAAGAUCAUUAUAAGAGUGAGAAAAAGUGGCAACUGAAAUUUUUAAGUGGUCUAAUAAGCGAGUUAUGGGUUGUUGAAGUGCUAACUUUCCAGAUUCCGUUAUCUUUCCAGAUCAUAAACGGUUUCGACUAUAUUAUUAGAACUUCUCUUAAAAAUUCAAAAAAUGUAUCUUUCCAAACUAAAAAAUUUUAUUCCCCAUAUCGUUCAUAAAUAAAAAAGUAACAUUUUUUGUAAAUUCGAUAACUUGUUUAUUUUGGCAUUAAUCGCGAAAAAAUGCAUAUUAGGACAAAGCCAAUGAUGUACUGAGGGUCAGUUGCACGUCCGUCUGUUAAAUAUGGACAUUUAUGUCGAUUAACAAAUCAGCGUUAGUUUUACGGAUUCAUUUCUGUUCCACCAAGAUCGGUUAGUUUUUAAUCCCGAUUAAGUUUACCGGUUAACUAACCAAGAUUUUCACGGUUUCACAAUCCGGCAACACUGUAAUUUUAACUGACACAAAAUAAUUAACCCCUUCACUCCUGAAUUAAUGUGAAUUUUGGAAAAAAAUAUUUUCUCAUUCUAAAAUUACUUAAAAUAUCAUUAGAUAUCUAUAUAAACCAUUUCUUGCUAUUUUUCAUUAUUUUUAAUUGAAAUCCAGCAUGGUCAUAAUUAUGACCAAUUCUACUCAAGUGGCAAGGGGAGAUAUCAAUAAGAACAGCAGUAUCAAUGAUAGUACAAACAUUAUAAUUGACAUUCUCAUAAGAUUACAAACCAAUAUGAUGUACAAUUUAAUCUGGUACAUUGUCAAGAAUUGAAAUAUCAACAGAACGACAAUAAUAUUAUAAAAAAGAAAAAUUUACCAUUUGAAAUAUAUUGGUUGGAAAUAUUAGGCCAAAAUUUUUGACAAGUGAACAUGAUAGGACAGAUAUACCUAACUAUGAUAAUAAACAAAGUAUGAGGAUGUAGUAAACAAAAUACAAUGUAUAAUUGAAUAUAAUAA